ACCUGGAACAAUCCUUAGAUUCAGCACGGAUUUUCGAGUAAGGGGUUGGUCCACUGUCGGGGCUGAGCACAGCUGUUUAGCAGUUGAGGGUUUGUCUUUUUUUAUGUGGUGUUUUGUGUCGCUUUUGAGUGCUGAUAUAAUAGAACAAGCUUAGUACAGUGCCUGGCACUCAACAAAUCCUGGCAAGAAAGGAGGUCGAGGAAAAGAAGCAAGCGAGGAGAGACGAAAGAAAGGGAGGGAAUGCGUCUUGUAACAUUAACGUAGCUUGUGCGAAUUCUGGAAGGUGAGGAGAAAGGAGACAUUGCGUCAAAGGGUAGAGGAGAGGGCACCGAGCGCCAGCCCCUCCGACGUGGUCCGCCCCGGCCUCACGACGCCCCGCCUCUGCCUCACGACGCCCCGCCUCUGCCAAGCGUCUUCCCCGCCCCUGCCAAGCGUCUUCCCCGCCCCUGCCAAGCGUCUUCGCCGCCCCUGCCAAGCCUCUUCCCCGCCCCAUGCAGGUAUUCGUCCCGCCCCCCACAAAGCCGACCUCCGCCCCGUCCCUCAGCGGCGCCCCGCCCCCACGGCGUCUUGCCCCGCCUCCUGCAGGCGGCCCGGCGCGGUGUUUACCCGCGGUGCAUGGUGGGGCGGUCUCCUUCGGCAACCGCGGCCGAACGGCCGCCCAGAGGCUGUGCUGAGCUGGCGCAGCUGCAGCAGCAUGAGCCGGACCCUCGCAUCGGCCGUGCCCCUGUCGAGUCCCGACUACUAUGAGAGGCUGGGCCAACUCCAGCACGGGCUGCGGGACAGGUAAGGGCACUGGGGCGGGGGUAGGGAGUCGGCCCGCGCCGAGGGUCUUCCGCGUGCCCUGCCCCAUUUUCCUUCCCGCUCCCCCGCCCGAGGUUCCCCCGGGCCCAGGCCCACGCGCAACGCCCCCCAGGCUCCCAAUGGGGCCUGGAGGACAACGUUUACUAGAGCCACCCCCUGUAUUGGGGGUGCGAGCGGAGAGAGGUGAGAAACCGCCCCCCGCCCCCUCAAUAGCAGCUAAAGCCUGGUCUCCGGUUUGAGGAUGCGGCCGCGUCACAGAAUUUGCCCAGAAGUGAAAGUGGGAGUUCUUCUGCCUGUCACUCUCCAUCAAGCCUUUGAAAAGAAGAGAUUGGACCUGGAAAAGAAACUUUAUGAAUAUAAUCAGUCUGAUACAUGCAGAGUUAAGCUGAAAUAUGUAAAACUAAACAAUUAUCUGAAGGAAAUAUGUGAAUCUGAAAAGAAGGCUCAUACUCGAAACCAAGAAUAUUUAAAGCGAUUUGAGCGUGUCCAAGCUCAUGUUGUACACUUCACCACAAAUACAGAGAAGCUUCAAAAACUGAAGCUCGAAUAUGAGACUCAAAUUAAGAAGAUGCUGCUCUCAAAAGAUAGCCUGGGACUAAAAGAGGAACUGACAGAUGAAGACAGAGAAAAGGUUGCAGUGCAGGAGGGAAUUAACUCAGGAACAGCCAUGUCAAGAGGAUUGUAUCAACCAGCAACAAUCUUUAUGGGCCGCCAAAUGUCAACCGUCUCAAGCAUGGGAGAUUUCAGUACAGAGCACAAAUCUCCCCAACCCACAAAGAACUUUUCAAUUCCUGACCCACAUUCACACCGACAGACAGCCCAGAGCAGUAAUGUGACAGACAGCUGUGUAGUACAAACUAGUAAUGACACAGAGUGCUUAAAUAAGUCUGACAACAUAGAUGGAAAGGCAUCUCUUCAGAUUGGUGAGAAAACGCCAGUCACAGCCAGUGUAUUGUCUGAGGAGGAACAAACUCAUUGCUUGGAGAUAGGAAGUAACACACGUCAUGGCAAGAGUAAUUUAUCUGAAGGCAAAAAGUCUGAACUCAAUUCCCCGUUACAGGAAAGAUUAAGUCCAGAGAACAGAACCACUGAUUUAAAGUGUGACAGUUCCAGCAGAUCCGAGGGAUCAGAGGGAGAAAUACUGACACGGGAACAUAUUGAAGUUGAGGAAAAAAGAGCCAGCCCGCCAGUCUCUCCGAUAUCAGUUUCAGAAUACUGUGAAUCUGAAAAUAAGUGGUCUCAAGAGAAGCAUUCUCCUUGGGAAGGUGUUUCAGAUCAUCUUGCUCACGGGGACCUAAAGUCACAAAAGCCCUUCAGAAAAAUGCAGGAAGAGAAGGAGGAGGAAAGUUGGAGCACCAGCAGUGACCUCACCAUUUCAAUAAGUGAAGAUGAUCUGAUUUUAGAGAGCCCAGAACCACAGCCAAAUCCAGGUGGCAAGAUGGAGGGAGAAGAUGGAAUAGAGGCCUUAAAAUUAAUCCAUGCUGAGCAAGAAAGAGUUGCCCUAUCCACUGAAAAAAAUUGUAUUUUGCGAACCCUAAGCUCUCCUGAUUCAGAAAAGGAAUCCUCCACUAACGCACCGACAAGAGAACCUGGACAAGCACCAGACUCAGGCGUACCGAGGGCACAGGCAACAGCAUUAUUGAGAAAAGCCCUUACGGAAGAGUGUGGCCAUAGGUCAGCUAUUCACAGUAGUGAAUCAUCUUGCAGCUUGCCAUCUAUUCUGAAUGACAAUAGUGGAAUAAAGGAAGCCAAACCUGCUGUAUGGCUCAACAGUGUUCCUACAACGGAACAAGAAGUUUCAAGUGGCUGUGGAGACAAGAGCAAGAAAGAAAACGUGGCUGCAGAUAUCCCAAUCACAGAAACAGAAGCCUACCAGUUGCUGAAGAAGGCCACCCUUCAGGAUAAUACAAAUCAAACUGAAAACAGGUUUCAAAAGGCAGAUGCUUCUGUGUCACACUUGUCAGGUUUGAAUAUUGGCAGCGGUGCAUUCGAGACAAAGACAGCUAACAAAAUUGCUUCGGAAGCUAGUUUUUCAUCUAGUGAAGGAAGUCCUUUGUCAAGGCCUGAAAACAAAAAGAAACCCGUGAUCAAUUUAAAAUCUAAUGCCCUCUGGGAUGAGUCUGACGACAGUAACUCAGAAAUUGAGGCUGCUUUACGCCCUAGAAACCAUAACACCGACGAUUCUGAUGAUUUUUAUGACUAACAUGCUGUGACAUCUGUUCCAAAUAAAGUCUUUAAACAAACUGAAA